CAGUAGGUUAGUGGUUAUAACUAUCGGGGUUGGCUUCCUUUCUUGUCGGCGAUCCAAUCUGGACGAGUGAAUGUUAUGUUAACCCCAUCCCUGCAAGAGAAAUGGGCCUUUGGAUGUUGCAGGGAGUUGUCUGGUGGAGCGCGACCCUAAUCGGGUCUGCGUAGCUCAGAAUGAGCAUAUAAAAUACUUUAAGACUCCCCAUCUAAAUCUAUGGCCUCUCAUCCUGGAAAUAAUGUACACAGGAGGGAUAUCCCUCAAUACAAUAUCUGUGAGGCUAGCCUUGUAAGAUAUGCACAUCUAUCUAUCUUUCUAACCGUCGAGCGUAAUACCUCUGAGUAAUAAUCCAUGACUUUUUUUGAUCAUAAUAAAAAGAUGCCACUCAACCUCGCACAGAUAAAUAUAAGUUUUGCCCCCGACCCUUUCUGCCGAUGGGGGGGAGAAAAGGAUAAAAACGUUAUCUGCUUUCCACGCGUGAACGAGAUAAUAAUGGCGACAAAAUGGUGCACGAAAAAUCAGAAAUAAUUGAUGAUGUUGAUGGAUUUUGAGGAUGUGAGAAGAGACUGAGAAAUAAAAAGAUGAGGGAGCUUACUCCUUACAAAACAUCUGAAGUCAUCCCAUUCGCUCUAUCUAUACAAGAAAAUUUGGAUAAAGCACAAUCUGAACUGAAUUUUGAAGAUGCUACAAUUGCAAGUAUAUAUGAAAAUGGAAGGCUAGCAUUUAUUGGCAGAAGCAAUUUGUUUGAAAUCAUUAAUGUAAAAUCUGGUCAAAGAAAGGCAGCAUUUGAUUUAAAUGCUAAAAGUAAAAAACAGUCCAUAACAGCUUUCUGCACAUGUGGAGACUACUUUAUAAUAUCUGUUCGAUGUACUGCCACUUCGACAGGCCAGAUACAUAUAUAUAAUCCUGGUGUCUCAAGAGUAAUUAAAGUUAUAAAUCUUCCAUAUGUUCCAGUUUCUUUAGCAUUGGUUAAAGAAUUUGGAGGAGUGAGUCAAAUUCCCACUUAUUUCAGCCCAGCUAUAAAGUGCAUGUUUGGAACAGUUGCUGUGGGGACGGAAAAUGGACAUAUCUUUUUAAUUGACUUACGAUUGGAUGAUGUAGUGGAACAGUUUUCUUGUUCGUUUGAAAGCUCUCUAUUGGUUAUUAAUCCUGACGAAACUGAAAAUAUGGCCACUGUGCGUGAAAAAGCAAGAAACAAUGACUUGUAUUGUUGUCUGGAUUUAUCAUAUUCUUUAUGUUCACCCAAUGCAUUCAAAUAUCUCAAUGUGUCAGGACAAAUUGCAAAAGUCUGCUCUUCAGAUAAUUGCUCCAUCACGUCAUUAAAAUAUCUCCACCAGGCUUACGUGUUGGUUGUUGGGUUUAGUUUUGGUUGUUUCCAAAUAUGGUCUUUAGAACAUCUACAUAUACUAUACAGCAGUCCAGUGGGUGUAUACUCAUCACCUGUCACACAUUUCGCAUUUCAGGAACCAGAUGAUGAUCCAAGACAUUGUUGUUUUUUGUGGGUUGGGAGGGGACCUCAAUCUUCACAAGCUGAAAUCUCAAGUGCUACUUCUUUAACGUUAUAUCAACUUUUGUUUGAACUGAAAGAAAAGCAGUCAGAUAACACAUACGUGUAUAAGAAUAUUGAGUGUGUGAUUAGACGAUUUGAUCACCAAUUAACUUCUGAUGUCCACCAUAUGGUUGAUUCCAGAUCUGUCGGUAGUCGAAUCAUCAGCAUGAAAACAUUAGAGCAACCUAGGUCAAAUAAAAACAACUCUGAUGUGUCUAAUGGACACGAUGAAGACAAAACUAUCUGUUAUGUUAUAUGGGAAUCGCCUACUACCGAUAUUGACACCAGCAUGUCAUGCCAUCUUGGAAUAUUUGAUAUAAAUCGUUGGUACCAAAAACAGCUUCCAUCUUCUAUUAGAGAUGCUAUGUAUGGCAGGAUGGAGGCUGUUUGUCCAUUUUUUGCAUUCUAUUCAUUAACUGAUAUUGCUGAAGCUUUUCUCCCAAGCGGUAUUAUGGAUGCACAUGUGAAUGUUAAUAGUUUGAAUGAAUUUCGCAACAUAGAAGGUCCACAAAGUGAGCAGUUUUACUGGCCUUCUUCAUCAGCUUUUAGAAUUAUUUGUAUAUCCGAAAGUGGUUGCAUUGAAGCUGAAAUGUUGGGAAUGCAAAGACAAAUAAUGGCUGACAUGAAAGCUAUGAGCACAGACAGUUUUCUUGAUGCUCAUGAUCUUGUGCAAUCCUGUUGGGUGGCAGGUUUACUUUCAAAUUCUACUGAUAUUACCAAACCAAGUGGUGAAAAGAGAAACACAGAUGUGGUCCUGUCUGUCAGCUUGGAACAUAAUGGAACAGCAUUUAUUACUGAUUGCAUAAAGAAAUGGUCACAUGGAAGUAUUACCCAUGCUGGACACAGUUUGAAAUUAAUAUUCGACUGGGCUUGGAAUCAAGUUGUCCAGUAUAAAAAGACACUAGAUCAACUACACAUCCCAAUAUUUUGCAGCCUAAGCGAACAACUAGAAAAGGGUCAUGAAAGUCAGCUUAACAAAAUUUUGUUAGAACUGCAAAACUUAGUUGACAUUUUCAAAGAACUUCAACAUGCAAAAGCUAUCACGGUUGAAGAUGGAGUGAAUGAGAUCAACACACGUUUGCGAGUAGCGUCUUAUUUAUCAAUGUAUAGCAACGUUCUUCUCGUCUUGCUUCAAUGUGGUCUUCUCCCUGAACAACCAGAUCAUUUGAACAAUAACAAUAUGACCGACAAAAUUACUUAUCCAUUCAAAAUGCUAUCUGAUUACUAUGAAGGUGAAAGACAGUUAUAUGCUGAAAGUAAUGAGAGUGAGCCGUGUUUGUUUAUCGAUUCUCUGUGGAAAGAAAUGUGUUCUUCACAAGAGUAUACUGAUGGAAUGGAUAGUCAAGAUGUUUAUCCACCUCCCACGGUCGAGGUGAUGUGUCGUUUAUUUGUUGAGAACUUGUCAGAAAAAGAAAUUCAGAUCUCUGUUUUCUAUUACUGGGUGCUUGAUAUCUGCGAAUGUUGUGAAGAACUGCUACAAGUAAAAAUGAGAGAGAAAGUUAAAGAAUGUUUGAAAUUAAACCGCGAAAAAUCUCUCCUUAUUGAAUGUGUUUGGCUUCUUGAUCACAACCUGUACAAAGAUGCCGCUGAACACCUAUCACUUGUCACAACAAAAAUUUCAUCCUUAUAUUACCAUCAAGUGAUAAGAAUACUUUAUCAUCGUGGAGAAUUGAGCUUCUUAACGUUAUUUUGCUCGUCGAAAGAACCAAGUGAUCACUGCACUUAUGAAGAGACGAAGUUUUUAAUAACAGUUCUUCUCCAAAUGUCAAUGCUACCUAAUGCAUAUAAACUACUAAAAAGCUUUCCCAUGCAAGCCAAAAAGACAGACUUAUUUAACUAUUUUGUGGAGAAGUGUAAAGAACACAAAUUAUUAGGAAAACUGCUUUGUUUAGCAUUUACUGUGGAGGAGGAGGAGAUGUUGCGAAGGUUUUUAGAAUCCUCAAAAGAGAACGAAAAUUUCUUACUUGUAUAUUAUUUGGAACGAGGUUUAUAUAACGAAGCAUGCCAGCUGACAAAAUCAUUAAAAAAUGCUACUUCGUUUAAUAUGGAUCAGUUUUCGCAGGAACAUUCGUUAGCCAAAUCAAUGCUUGUCGACGGUUUUUUACAAGCUAUGCCGACCAUACGACAAUCCCCAUCGUCUAGUACAUCGAGUAUAGUUUUUAAAAAAAAAGAUGGAAGGUCGCCAUUAUCUAGUUAUAUUCGAAAGUUUCGAAGCCUGGAUACAUCGACACGUUCAAGAAGCUCGACCGACGUCGUACGACAAGAGGUGUAUGACGUGGAAAACAGUCUCACUUCUUCGAAAAGUUUCUUUGCAGGAACGUUUACAAAUCAACGUAGACGCAAAUCUCCUUUAUUUGAUGGAGAAAUUGUCUCGCCUACCAAAAAACAGAAAGAGAUGACUCCUCCACGUGGAGUCAAUAAAAUCAUAUCUGCGAUAUCUGGGAAGCAAAGAAAAAAUAUGUUUUCUGGUACAGAUGCUUUCCUGUUGUUGAAAACACCUCCCGUACGACGAGUUUCCCAGCUCACAAGUGUGUCAAAAGAUCACACAAAAACGCCACAGUCCAUUUUAAAAUCACGAAUUGCAUCGAGACUUGCUGGUUCGAAAAGUGCUGUUCGUCCUCCACGAAGCCCGUCAUAUAAACCUUCUAUCAAAGGCGGUAGUUUCACACCUGGAAGAAAAAUUCGAUUUGUGGGAGUUGUAUCUCCAACGUCACCGAUAAGCGGUGCAGUAUCACCGAAAUACUCAGAUCCUGGACAAGUAGUUUCCAAACAUUCAUUUGAAAAGCAACAUUUGGAUUUAUCGUUUGUGUCGGACGACAGUUUGGUUGAUGACGGUGUUGAUCCAGAGCCAAGCGGACUAAAAUCGUCAGAAAAUAAUUUAACUGCCGAAAAAGAAGCUAGUCUGCUAGAGGAUUUCCUCGACAAUGAAGUGGAUACUAGUUGUGCAAAUACGUCGACUGUCGAUGAUAUUUUAAACAUAUUGGAUGAAGAAUCGACUGGUUCAGGCAGCCAAGCCGUAGCUAAGAUAACAUCCGAACAGGAUGAAUUUUCUACGAAGCCUGAAAAACUUGAAUUUGAAUUACCUGAUGAUUCUGUUGAAACCAGGGAACUUUUGAGAUUCGAUAGUGUUGAAAAAGCAGAACGAGAUAUGGUCAGUGAGGUCACUACUUCUGAAGCAAAUGAGAUAAUAACUAGCAGUAUUGAAGUAGCACACAAACACGAAAGUGUGACGCAAUACCAAGAAAAUAGUGACGAACAUUUGAGUUACACUAGCCAGGAGGAUGUAGACAUGAAGGAAUCGCGUGGUCUGCAGAGGGUGGAUGAUGAAGAAGUAAGUAGAGAUGUAAAUGGAGCAAGCGAAACUGUUCAAAUUAUUGAUUCCAGUUCAGAAGACGAAGAUAGUAAUUUCGAAGCGUCUUCUCACAUGCAUGUCGAUAUUAAACAUUUCGAUACAGAACAUGUCGAUACAGAGGAUGUCGAUACGGAACAUGUCGAUACAGAGGAGGUUGAUACAGAGCAUUUUUAUACAGAGCAUGUCGAUACAGAACAUGUCGAUACAGAGGAUGUUGAUACAGAGGAUGUCGAUACAGAGGAUGUCGAUACAGAGGAUGUCGAUACAGAGGAUGUCAAUACAGAGGAUAUCAAUACAGAAGGUGGGAUUAAUACAGAACAUGUCGAUACAGAGCAUGUCGAUACGGAUCAGGUGAAUAUACUAAAACACAAACAAGAAGUAACAGGUGAAGAAGGGUUUGAUGACGAUAUACUAGCAGUUCUCGAGGAGGAAAAUGAGUACGAAGAAAAGGAAUCAGAUAACGAGAAUUUUGGCCGGUAUAACGAUGAUCUUGCAAAAGUUGAAAGACAGGAAGAAGACUUCAGUAACCAACCUAGCUACAGCGUGGAUGAUACUAAUGAAGUUUUAACGAAUCAGCAUUCUGCAUUAGGUGGAAAUAACAAAGAUUCUAGUGACGUUGAAGAUAACACCAGUAUUCCGAUGACUAGUUCAUUUCUUGACGAUCAAAAUACCGUGACGUCCGACUGUCGGGACGUGUCCAUGGAUUAUGUUCCAUCACAAAGUGACCCAUCUUUAGUGAUCGUUGAAGAGCCUGAAAAUAGUACUGUUGUUGAUGCAGACGAAACCGAUGCAGAUCACGAAAAUCAUGUCGAAAAAAAUGAUCAAUAUUUGACACCGGUCCGAGAAGGACAAACUCACUUAGAAGAGACGAUGAACUUGACUGAAACAGGUAGCAGCUUAGUAUUAUCUGGCAGCGAAGUACCUUUAAAUAGAAGUAUUAGUAAACGAGGUCGUCGCCGCGCCCUUCCUCAACGCAAGGUCGUUACUCGUAGUUCGGCGAAGAAGCUAGCAUCACAAGAACAGCAUGACGAAGAUGUUUAUACAACUCUUCAUACCACCUUAAAUGACAUCUCCGCGCAAGAUAUCGAUUCAACGCUUUAUACCACCUUAAAUGACACCUCAAUGUUAGAUGUUGAUUCAACUCUUCAUACUACGUUAAAUAGCACAAUGAACUCCACACUAGAUGUUAAAAACAAGAGAAAGACAAGAAGUAAGAAGAAAACUGUGAAUAGUGAUGCAGCGAAUAGUGUCGUGUUUCUCAGUGAUGAUUCUGUUGUUGAAGUAAGGCGCACUACCAGAUCACAAAAUGUAAAUGAAAAUUCUACGAAGAGAAGAAAUGCCAGUUUAUUAGCUUCUCCUGCUCGAAAUACUCGUUCAAGUAAAAAAAACGAAAAUUUAAAUAACGCGACUAAAUCUUCAAGUAAACAUCGAGAGGUUGAGAGCGAAUUAUCGCCUGCACGAAAUACGCGGUCGAAAACAGUCGAAGCAGCGCUUGUUUCGCACAAUGUAUCCGAUGUCAAUGUGAUGGUUUCUCCACUUGAAGGUAAGCGAGUCCACGUAGAGGCAAAAACUUUGAAAGGAAACUUAACGAAAGUGAAUGAAAGAGACGCAUCUAUUGUAUUUGUCAGCGAUGAUUCAGUUGUUGGAAUUAGGCGGAGUGUUAGAGCGAAAGCUGGAAGUGAGUCUGCAAAGAAAGGGAAUGCAAACGCUUCUCCUGUACUUGUGGCUUCUGCAACAAAAUUAAAAACUUCUCCCAAUAAAUCGCCUAAAAAAACAAAGGAAGCUGGACGCAGAAGUGCCAGGAUAUCGUAUGAAAGUAGUCCGAAUAGGGCAAAGGAGUUAAGUUCGACUAUAAGGACGAGAUCUGCUGAUAAAAAUGUGAAAAAUAUAUUGAAUGGGGCUGCGGAGGUGUCAAAGAUGGAUUUAAAGAACAAACGAAGGUCUGAAUCUCGUGCAAAGGAAGCAACAGAAAGUGUUCUAUCAUUUGUCCCAGUUGAAGAAGACCACGUUCGAAGACAGUCAAAACGGUCAUCAAGUAAACGAGCGAGUUUAGCUGUCGCAGAACAAUUAAAACAUACACCUAGAAGAAGUAUUCGAGCACGUGUGACCACGGCCGACACAAAAAUUUAAAAAUUUGAAAGACGAGAAAAAUACGUUAAAUUGUAAACAUUCUAAAUAUGCAAGUUUAUUUUUUGUAGUCAUUCAGACAAGUUUUUCACCUUAACGUACAUCGAAUCUGUAAACUCGUAGUUAUUUUUAUUCGUAUGUGAGGUUAAUUGUGUAGCGUGUUUUUUCUCUGUAUCUGUUUAUUGUGUAUGUUAAAAUAACUAGAGAAAGUUAAGUAUAUACCUAAUU